AUCUUAUUUCAAUUGUCUUGGAUGUUUUAAAUGCCCAAAUCACCCAUCAAAACACAGCGUCGAGGGAAACAAAAUCGUUAAAUGUGUCGUUUGUCAAAUACCUUCCAUUCCAAUCCUAGAAAUGAACAACUCCUCUCAGCCAAAUAACAAAAUUUUCUUGUUAUCAGUCUCGCUCUUCAAAUUUUGUGUACAUCACUAUUCUUAGUAGCUCCUUUACACCCUAAAAUUAGAGUUCGAUUUCAAUGUCAUUCUCAGUAAACAAAAUCUCUUGUACAUCAUUGCGGCCUUCAUUCUCAGCUCACUAUCAUCAGAAUUGGGAUGAAUGCAGAAGAACUAGCAAUAUUAAAUUUCACAUUCAGAAAGUACUACCAUUUUCUUGGAUUCAUCAUAAUAAUCACCGUUUUGCACUCAAUUCCAUUAAUGGCGGUGAUACCACGAGUCAUGGCCUAUCAGAUCAUCAGAGUUAUUCAGCAGAACUUGAAGGUUCAAUGGAAAGGAAAGAUGACCAACAACAUAGACCACUUUCAACCACUAAACUUGGCAAAAUAUUGGAGCAGUUGAAAAGAUAUGGAGCUUCAGGAGUACUUUCAUAUGGUCUACUGAACACAGCCUAUUACCUUACUACCUUUCUCUUGGUGUGGUUCUAUUUUGCUCCGGCACCUGGAAAAAUGGGUUAUCUUGCUGCUGUUUCAAGGUUUUUGAAAGUAAUGGCCAUGGUUUGGGCAGGAAGCCAAGUCACUAAGCUCCUCAGAGCAGCAGGUGCCCUUGCCCUUGCACCACUUGUAGAUAGGGGAUUGUCAUGGUUUACUGUCAGAUACAAAUUUGAGUCACGGGGAAAGGCUUUCUUCACAAUCGUUGCGCUUUGUCUUAGCUUGGCUAUAAUUGUAUUUUUGGCUGUAACUCUGCUUUGGGCAUGACAUUUUUCCGCUUUUCAGCUUUACAAGAAUGGAAGAGAACCAUUGUUAUCUUUCGCUUGUUAUUGGGAUUGCUUUAGAAUGUAUAGAGUUUUGCCUGUUUGCCUAGCUCCAGUACACAAGUACUUCAUUUAUCUCAUAAUAUAGUGCUUGUUUCUUUUUUA